CGGAUGACCUUGGGAAGCGCACCUCUUGGGGAGAAAACGCGGAUUAACUGCUGGCGGUGUGUGCGUGCAAUGCAGGCUGUUGGAAUUUAUUGUCAUCACACAGCUCAAAUAAUUGUUCAAUUUCAAAGUCCGGUAAACUGCCUCUGUUGUGCUCGGUUGCUGCUUAUGCAAGCGAAUAGCCUUGUCGGUGUUUUAAAUGCUUUUCAUUUGAUUCUUUUGUUAACGCUGCACGAUUUAACGUUUACUCUUGCCUUUUUUCUGAUGUGGUUUAUGACGUUUCUUGGUUUAAGAUGCAUUGCUGGAUUUGUUUUUGCUAGAUUUAGACUAGAUUAUAGUUGUUUAAUCCAAAUAAAUGCAAAUUGAUGUCCUGCACAUUUUAGCUUUGUCAUGUGUGAAAUGAAAUGUUUGCCAGUAAAAUGUAAAGUGUCGUAUUACAGAAUAUUAGAUUUAAAAAAGCAGCUUGUCAUGGCUUCAUACUGUACCACUGCGGAGCCCGACCGGUGCGCUAUAGCCAAGUAAAAUCCCUUACGCAUUGGGAUCUGGCCUAUUUUUGUCCUUCUACAGUAUAUAAUCUGUUCUGAUAUUCUUGCAUGUGCAUUAAAAACAUUUUAGAUGCGUCACUGUUGUGUGCCAUUGCAGGCACGGAAUUGCUUGUUUAUGGGUCAAGGUGUCUUUUUACCUUUAUGGAAGGACAGCUGUAUUUACUGACGUAUGCAAAUAAGCACAUGCAGGGGAGGUCCUUUGCGCGCACACAAUUCAGUUUCCCAUUGCAGCUGUAGAGUUCCUGCGUGGAAGGGAAAACGCAACGUGGCGAAAUCGAGGGAAAAUCUCCACGCAUAUGCUACGGCUCCUCAAACCAUGCAGGAUGAUUUACUGAUGGACAAAAACACAGCCCAGGCUCAUCAUCAGCAAGACCCGACGCAGAUAGACCCUCCUCCAUCCGCCUCCACGCCGACCCCGUCAUCAGAGCCCUCGUCCUCUUCGUCGGGAUCGGACAGCCCGUCGACCGGUAGCAGCCAAGCGGCGUCCGCGCUGAGCAGCCGCACCACGGACGAAAUGUCGAUGGAGUCACCGAUCCUGCCGGGGUUGAACUUCCACCAGCAGCCACAGGAGACCGACGGUCCCCUUUCCUCCCCUCCCUCCUCCUUCGGAAGCACUUGGUCCACGGGAAGCACCAACGCCGUGGACGAUGUUUUUUUCCAAGGAAUACCCUCUGUGAACGGGACGAUGCUUUUCCAGAACUUCCCCCACCACGUCAACACGGUCUUCGGAGGCAAUUUCUCCUCGCAAGUCGGCCUCGCCCCCUCUUCUCAACAACCGGCGCAGCAGCCCCAGCAGAGAAGAUCCCCCCUCAGCCCCAGCCAAGGCCCCUUCCCCCAGAGAAACGCUUAUCAGACCGUCAUGAACGCCGCUAAGGGGCCGUCUGCGUCGGCAUCGUCGCCGGCUUGGAAUAAUCACCAGAACGCGGCAUGGAGCACUGGCUCCAACCCGUGGAGCGUGCUACAAGCAGGCAGGGACCCACGCAGAGCGGUGGGAGUCGGUGUCGGAGUUCCAUCUCCCAUGAACCCCAUUUCACCGAUGAAAAAGCCCUACGGCAGCAAUGUUAUUGCUCCCCCGAAAUUCCCAAGACCUGGCCCCCUUACCUCUAAGACCUGGAAUGAGGACGGUGCCUUCAGGACUGACAACAGCAACAUACUGCCUUUCCAGGACCGGAAUCGGCCCUUUGAUGCUUUUAGCUUGCACUCUUUGGAGAAUUCCUUAAUGGAUAUGAUGAGGACUGACCACGACAAAGGACGCAUGGGCAUUAACUUCCAUCAUCCUGGAGUAGACCACAUAAUGCCACUGAACACUCGGAGCUUUGGCCGCAGAAGAGGUCGUUCCUACCUUUUUCCAUUUGAAGAUGGUUUCCUCGACGAUGGCCAUGGUGACCCCUCCUUGACCCCAGGCUUGAACUCCCCAACGCGUUGUCAAAACGGAGAGAGGAUGGAGCGCUACUCCAGGAAGGUCUUUGUUGGCGGCCUGCCCCCUGAUAUAGACGAAGAUGAGAUCACCAACAGUUUCCGUCGCUAUGGACACCUGGUAGUCGACUGGCCCCACAAAGCCGAGAGCAAAUCCUACUUCCCGCCUAAAGGUUAUGCCUUCCUACUGUUCCAAGAAGAGACUUCUGUUCAAGCCUUGAUUGACGCCUGCAUCGAGGAGGACGGCAAGCUCUACCUGUGUGUGUCCAGUCCCACUAUCAAAGACAAGCCGGUCCAGAUCCGUCCAUGGAACCUGAGUGACAGUGAUUUUGUCAUGGAUGGUUCUCAGCCUUUGGACCCCCGUAAGACCAUCUUUGUAGGGGGGGUGCCACGGCCCUUGCGUGCAGUGGAGCUGGCUAUGAUCAUGGACCGUCUGUACGGGGGUGUUUGCUAUGCUGGCAUCGACACAGACCCGGAGCUCAAGUACCCAAAGGGAGCCGGUCGCGUUGCCUUCUCCAAUCAGCAGAGCUACAUUGCCGCCAUCAGCGCCCGCUUCGUUCAGCUGCAGCACAAUGACAUCGACAAAAGGGUGGAGGUGAAGCCGUACGUCCUUGAUGACCAGAUGUGUGACGAGUGCCAGGGGGCGCGCUGCGGGGGGAAGUUCGCCCCCUUCUUUUGUGCCAACGUGACGUGUCUGCAGUACUACUGCGAGUACUGCUGGGCCAGCAUUCACUCGCGAGCGGGCCGAGAGUUCCACAAGCCACUGGUGAAGGAGGGGGGCGACCGCCCUCGACACGUGUCCUUCCGCUGGAGCUGAGUAGUGGUGGGUGGGGGGUGGCGGUGGACCACCCAUCCCCAGCCGCACACAAAAAAAAAUAUCAUCCGUAUCAACCACAUGAUAUCACACCUCCUGUCCCCUUUGGGAAGUCAUAUUAGAGUUUGCACUUUGGUACACACGCACACACACAGGAUGUAACUUCACUUGACUACUUUCAGCUCACUCUUCUGACGACUGGGCGGCGAGGUCCUGCUGAGCCCCCACCCCUUCAUAAUAACAGAGGUGGGACCAUAUGAAUAUUUAAAAAAAAAAAAAAGGUGUCUAUUUUUGUUUUAUAUCUAAUACACAAGUAUAUGGAUGAUUUGAAUUUUAUGUUAAAAAAAGCAUGCACUUAUUUUGAAAAGCUAUAGAUAUACAUCCCCUAGAGACAAAAAAAAAAAUCACCAAAGGCAAUUUAGAAGAAACUAGGUGGAAUUCGAUGUAGCAUCGCUAAUCCUGGGGAAUGAAAAUAACACGCUUUAAUAUAUCUAUUUUUUAAUAUUAAUACCUCAUACACAAACGGAUUAGUCGAUUUCCUUUCUUUCAAUAAUAACCUUAUUUUUUUAAAUGUAAUGCUGCAAUAGCUUUGCUGCUAAUUUGACGGUAUGAUCCGAUACCACGAGUACUUUAUCGAGACAAAGAUGGCUGCCGCGGAAGCGCGUGUCUAUCGACUUUUAUUUCUCCCCGUCUCUGCACAACACGCUACAGAAUCACGGAGUGGCGGUGAACGCAUCGCUGCUGUCUGUUGGUGAGAGGGGGGCGUGGGCGAAGACAACUUGACAACUUUUAAGUACCACAAAUCCAUAUGUAGGAUAACCAUGACAAAUCGAAGUACUUACUUGCAGUGAUUGUUGAUAGAAUUGUGCAAUUUUUUUGAUACAGAGUAAGCCUCCAACGAGGCAGCGAUUCGCUUUGAUGUCCGAAGUAGACAGUCAUGUGAAGUAUCCCCACAAGGACAGGAUAUACUUGUCCACACAUAACGCUUGGCCCUCCAACGCACGCGAAACAAUCUGAAGAGAAGACAACUUUGGAUUUAAAAAAAAAAAAAGAAAGAAAAA